AUGGGGGGCAAUUUGCAGAGGGCAGGUGACUGGAGGAGCCCCCUGGCAGGGUUAAAACUAUGGAAAGAAGCCUGUGCCCCAGAGAACAGCAGUAAAGAACAGUCAGCCACAACUGAACAUCUGGGUCCAAGUACCAUCAGGAAAAGAGAAAUUGGCCGCUCCCUGGGCUGUAGCAAUAACGAUGACAUCGAGGUGGAGAGCGACGCUGACAAACGGGCUCACCAUAAUGCACUGGAACGAAAACGUAGGGACCACAUCAAAGACAGCUUUCACAGUUUGCGGGACUCAGUCCCAUCACUCCAAGAGAAGGCAUCCCAGGCCCAAAUCUUAGACAAGGCAACAGAGUAUAUCCAGUAUAUGCGAAGGAAAAACCACACGCACCAGCAAGACAUUGAUGACCUCAAGCGGCAGAAUGCUCUUCUGGAGCAGCAAGUCCGUGCACUGGAGAAGGCAAGGUCAAGUGCCCAACUGCAGACCAAUUACCCCUCCUCAGACAACAGCCUCUACACCAACGCCAAGGGCGGCACCAUCUCUGCCUUUGAUGGGGGUUCAGACUCCAGCUCAGAGUCCGAGCCUGAAGAGCCCCAGAGCAGGAAGAAACUCUGGAUGGAGGCCAGCUAAGCCA